UUUCUGGUUCAGUCUCUCCCACCAUGUUUACGCUUCAGAUUCUUGGAUUGGGUGAACUGAGGAGCUCCAUCGUCCAACUUCUUCCCCUUUCUAACAUUGCCAAUCUCCGAUGCUCCAAAUUCUCGGUGUCCCUCACUGUCUCAUAUUCCGAUGAAUCCCAUUUCUUGGUUGCAGCCUUCCAAAUGUUCGAUCCGUUCUUCACCAUCUUCUCCGCUCGCGAUGGCAAUUACAAUCUCGACAUCGAUCUUCAAGAACUCUCUCAGAUUAUCUUGGAAGACGAUCUUUUCUUGACCAUUCUUGUUCCGAGUGUCGUCUCAUCCGCCAGCCUUAUAUCUUUAACUAGGGAUGGAGAGUUUCGCUCUCUCGCUUUAUUGGGGGCGGUGCCUCCCCAAGAUAUGACAGUGAGCAAAUUCGAUCUGAAUUUGUUUGUGGCAGUUGAUGCAGCAAAGCUCAGAGAGAUAGCAACACGAUUAUCUGACCAAAAUGGACCAAUUUUUGCUACUGCAUCCACUUCACAAGUCAUCUUUUAUGAAAAAACACGUACAGGGGAGAUUACUGGGGUGACUGUUCUUACUGCACAGAGAAGGGAGUGCAUGGGGGGAGGUUUUGAUGACAGAGUAGAUGAAAUAAACUUUUCAUUUGCUCUGAAACCAAAGGCUUUUUUCCAUGGUGCAUUGGGUGCGACCAAGUUGGUUUGGUUCUUUAAGUCGACACGUUGGAACACAACGAUGGUCUGCUUUACCAGAGAAUGGAGCAACAUUGUGGCCUGUUAUCCUAGAUACAAUUACGUAAGUUCUCUGUUAAAUUCCUUUACUCUUGAUAGAAUUAGGAGAAGGUCACCCAAAUUGAAGUCUUUAAUGCCUGGAUAUCUAUGGAAAUAGCCUAUGAUGAAUUUUAUGUAUAUGCUUUAUGUACCCCAUUUGAAGAGAUUCUCACAGUAAAUUUUUCUUUUU